CCAAGCUGCCCUUCCAUCACAGCCACCCACGCCACCAACCAACCAACAGCACAUCACACAGCAAGCCAGCCAGCCAGUAGACGUGAAACGCCAGAGUGGCUUGAAUUACUACACACGUGUCGGUGAAUUUGUCGACUCAAGUACAGUACCGUAAGUCGGUAGUGGUGGAAGUAAAUUGUCGAGGAAAGUUAAUAGGGGCAGUUAUUAUUAUCACCGACGCUGUGCUCGUGAGGUCGGGUAUUUUUUUUUUGCGAUAAAGGAAAGAGGGGAGGAGGAGGUUGGGAGGGGGCUAUGUAAUGUAGUAGGGGUGGAAAGUUGGCCAGCAAUUGUGUGCCCCAUACAGUAAGCACAUAGUAGCCGUGUACAGCAACAACAACUCGUGGCUGUGAUGGAGCCAACCUCAAACUCAACAAGCUUGGACAGUAGACCGACAACGCUCAGCAUGGGUGAAGUCGUGUCAACCAACACACCUGCAGUGUCCACAAGUAAAUGCCCCACGGCAAGAGGCACAGAUGAUGUGGUUUUGGCAGUUGUGGUCGUGGUGACUGUGAUCGUCAUCCUGUGCCUGCUGGGUGUAGUUUUGUCCUACUUCCUACGGCACAAGGGUACCUACCGCACGCAGGAGGGCAAGUUCCAGCCUGGCCAUGGGCAAGGCACAGCACUGCAAGCGGUAGAGGACAACUGUGAGGGACUGGAAGAAAAUAUGAAGGAGUACUUUCUGUGACGAUCACAUUGGUGGCCAAGCCUUGAAUGGCAUUUGAAAACUAUAAGGCGCUCUAUUGUUUGUGACCUUUAUUAAAUAUGCUACCCGCAUACAUUUUCAAACUGAAGGGUGUGGGGAGGGCGGAGUGGUUUCUAUACUUGUGAUGUUUUUUUUUAUGUAUUUCCAAUUAACUUAAAAUGUAGGUUUUCUGCAUCUUUGAAGAUGCACAUUUUUGACGUUUUAUAAAAUCGGGUGUUUUCAAAUAAUUUAGUAACAACCGUGUUCAGUUUAACGUUUUGUGUAAAACUGAACGGCCUUAUUUAUAGACUUCGUUCGGCAUUUGCUUAUUUCUACGAAUGUUUUUCCUCUAAUAAAGCAUCGUUGUUAAAGUACAAUGAACAGUCUAUAUGACACAGUUUAACGCAUAAUAAAUGGUAUUGUAUUUGGAAAGCGAUUUUACUGGCCCAGUGUCCUUGCUCAUCAACAUGUCUGUACGUGCCAUUCCUCUUGGACGCAGCCAUAAGCAGAUAUCGUUAAAAGUAAAGAAAUGUAAUGUUAAACACAUUCGUUGAGCUAUUGAGUGAUAGAAACCACAUUGCAGUGCAGCCUUUAUAAGCAACUGCGAGGCUGUUGGAGAAGGCAUUCAGCCAAAUUGAGUGCAAGUUUGUGUCAUGUUGAAGGUGCUGUGAACUAGUUGCUAAAUCUUGACUUAAAGCUUUCGUGACUGCAGGAAUUCAUAUUCUUUGGGUCUUUUGGUAAAGCCACAUAGAUGGAAAGAAAAAAACGUUUAUUUUUAUGAAUAAUAUUUUUUUUCUUAUAUUAUUUGUUCUAUAUACGUGGCUUUUCCGAAAGACCCAAAGAACUAGUUAGUUUCAGUAAUUGGUUUGGAAAAGGCUUGUUUUAAAGGCAAAUUCGCAUGAUUAGCCGCAGUUUAUUUUAUAAAAAGCCAUGAUUUUAAAGUCUUUAUAUACAUGAGAAUAGGUUUUCCCCUUUUUUCUGGCAACAAACAGGUAUUAAGAUGUUUAAACACCAAACUGAAACCUUUUACAAGGAAUCAUAUUUGCAUUAACCACGAUACUCGUGGUCAGAAUGCAAAAAAAACACUGAUAAUAUAUGCAUUGUCUUUGAAACUGAUUCGUCCACAAAAGAAAGCUGUCUCUGAUUUGGACCAAUCAGUUUCAAAGACAAUGCGUUUAUUAAACUUGAUUUGGAGCUUUUGUGACUGUAGGAAUUACUUUUUGGUUCUUUCGGUAAAGUCACGUAGAAAGAAAAUAAAUGAAAUAAGCGUCUAUUCUAUGAUUUAACUUAUUUUCUUUCUACGUGACUUUACCGAAAGAGCCAAAAAGUAAUGCAUAUAUUAUCAGAGGUUUUUUUUGUUUGCAUUCUGACCACAAGUAUUGUGGUUAAUGCAGACAUGAUUCCUUGUAAAAGGUUUAGGUUUGGUGUUUUAACAUCUUAACACCUGUUGCCAGACAAAAGGGAAAGCCUAUUCGUUUACAGUUCUAUUUUAAUGAAAACGUACAUAAAAAAAUGACACCAAAGGUAAAUAAAAACUUCGUUCUGAAGAA